AGUCCGGAUGCUCCGCACAUCCAGGGGAGCGGACUACAGAGGUGCUGCUGCUGCUGCUGCUGCUGCCGCUGAUGCGCUGCGUUUCGGUCCUGUCCUGCUGUCAACCUGCAGCCAUAUGAGCGAGCUGCUCUUAGAGCCCUGAACAUCAGAGGAAAACAACGAGAAACAACCCCAAACAGGUGGCAUUGUGCUGGACAGACGAUGGCUCUCUCCUGGAGUCUGUUGCUGCUGUUUGCCGCCCUGUCGCUGUCACACAGCGCUGAGCAUGGAGUUCCUCAUGGCAAGAGGAGGCAGGCGCAGACCUCAGCAGGUGGCAGCAAUGCCCUACAGUACCCCUCGCAAGGUCUACAGGGCCACGGUUACAGCAGGAACCGCAGAGGGCAUGGCAGCCAGGGGGCCCGGGGUGCCAAAGGUGGAGCUGGGCUGCUCUCCCACAGGCCUCUGCACCCCUUAGCUAGACCUGAGGAUGAUGGGACAGGCCUGGAAGGUCUCAGCCCAGUGAGACUGGAGAUGGGGCCGGGCAGGGACAGAGUUCGAAUGAGUGUGAAGAGUUCAUCCCAGGUCCAGGAGAACCAGCUUGUAGGAACACGCAAGGAGAGAGGGCAUGGACAUGGAAAUGGAAAUGGACAUGGGCACCAUUCUGAGCACAGGAGACAAGGGAGCAGGCGUGACAAGGGGCGACACAGAAAAGGGUUUUCUUCAGGGCUGAGCUCCGCAUUGAAGGACAGAGAUCUAUUCGAGGAUCCACUCUCCUCCUCUGCUUCUUCCACCUCCCCCUCUCUUAGCGUGACCCCACCCAGUGAACCCCCUUCCCCCAUCAUUGGUGUCUUUGGCUCCGGCUCCUCUACGGUUACCACAGUGAUGAACGAGCAUCCCCCAACGCUGUCCCCGGCCUCAACCAAACCCCAGAGGUCUGGACGAGGGAAAGGCCAAGGAGAGGUGAUGCCAACGCUGGACAUGGCUCUCUUUGAUUGGACAGAUUAUGAGGACAUGAAACCAGUCGACACCUGGCCAUCUUCCAGGAAGAAAGACAAGAGGCGGAGUAAGAACCUCAGCAGUGGAAAUAUGACUGCAGAUGCUGAUGCAAUUGAGCCAUGUGACCACCACCUGGACUGUCUACCAGGUUCUUGCUGCGACCUGAGGCAACAUGAGUGUAAACCUCACAACAGAGGCCUCAACAACAAGUGCUACGACGACUGCAUGUGUGAGGAAGGAUUUCGUUGUUAUGCCAAAUUUCACCGGAAACGACGCGUGACCAGGAGAAGGGGUCGUUGCGUGGUGCCAGAGUCGGUCAGCAGUGACCAAGGAGGUUUCAUCACCAUAUGAGAGGGAAGAGGUGAAGGACAAGAUGGCGGAAGAACAUAGAGAAUGACCCCCUGACCAGGGAGCCACACGACCCUGCUAAACUGACCAAGUACUUAGAGGUGAUGACUUGCUGGUUUUUUUUAUUUUUUUUAUUUUUUAAAUCAAACCCACAACAUAAAUCACCCCGAUGCCAACAUCUGGUCAGCUAAUGCAUAGUAGCAGGUGGCCAAAAUGGAAAUAACAUUUCAAUGUUGAAUUGUGGGAUACAUUAUGCAGCCUAAUCCAGCAAAUCACCAACUUUAAGCACACCUGUUUUAAUUUAGUGUUGUUCAUUCCUUGUGCAUCCCUGCAGGAAGACGGGCUUUCCAAAUUGCAUUCAUUCCACAGUCUCCAGGUUUUCUUUUGUUUUUAAAUGUCUUUUUAUUUGCCUUAAAUUGGUUGAAAAGAUUCGCUCAUUGGGUGACACAUCAGUGACACAUGUUUGUAGGUCUCACACCCAUUAGUUAUUAAUAUUCACUGCCUUCAUGGUUGCUGUUGAUGUGGUUUAAUUUUAGGCAAGAACAGAUUUUGUAAGUUUUCAUCAUUUUGACCUGUUAAAAAAUCAUUUUUAGUAUUGCUUUAAGAUCUUUGGGGUCCCAGAAUGGCAGCUUUUUCUGCUUCAAGACCUUUCAGACCAAGUUAAAUAAAAACGAUCACAAAAAUUAUAAAAUGAUCAGAAAAAACAUUUUUAUCUUCGGCUGUGCGAACAAGCGUGUCAGAUUUAGUUGCCUGGUGUUCCAAACAACUGCUAAAAGUUAGUUUUUAAAUAUUAUCUGAACUGGUCUGCUGUCCUGUGUUGUAUAUAUGAAUGUGUUUGAACUGCCAACACCUUUUUUUUUUUUUUUUAAAUUGACACCACUGUUAAAAUGUGCUUAAUGAUAGUAAGAUAAACAAAAUGCUUGUUUGACCUUCCAUUUUACAUGUCUAUGUUUUAUUUAUUCAAAACACGUUCCUGCCUAUUUUUAUUUUUAACGAUUAAACACUUAGUAGGAUCUGAGCUGUGUGACGCAAACCUGCUUCUACACAUCUACACACUGUUUGGCAUUACCACGUCUAUACUAACCUACGGUUUUCUAUCCUUCAGGCGGUAACUUUAUAGAUGCUACUGCGUCAUGAAGCACAAGAAGAAUAUUUCUAAAUUUAAUACCUCUAUCAUAUA